CCACAAAUUAUCAAACAUCUUCUGUUAAGUUGAAGCUGGGGAUGGACCGGCAAAAUACAACUGAAAUUUUUGAUUUUUCGGAAUUUUCUCUAUUUUGAUGCUCGUUUCCUCUGACAUAUUCUGCUUUCUAACAGUAAUGGCGAUUGCUCUAUUAAAUUACACAGACAAGAAUUAUCACAACAGUUCAGCUGCGUAUAAAAGUGAAAGUGGUUUCUAGUAGUUAUUCCAUUUAUAAAUUACUAUUUUUUCAAUUACUAGUAAACAUAAUGUUUUCCAAACGAUUUAACCUAGAAAUGUUUACACGUUUGAUGCACUUGUAUGUACGUUCCCUAUUACGAAAAUUAGCUUGUGAAAUCCACAUUCCUUUUAAAUGGACAAUUAUUGUAAUAUCAAACACCUUAUUUUGAAAUAGAUUGCUUUAAAUAUUGUUUGUUUUUAGUGUAAAAGUAACCGAUGUUGCAGGUAGUUCCAUAAAGUUUUAUUUUCUUGAAAAAGAAAAACAAGUUACCUAACACUAUUUUCAUUUGUAGCCCAGAGAUUGGCGUGUGUAAAUAUUAAUGAUUAAUGCUUUUAAUUUCUGGAAAUGGGAAAUUCAAAAUAUUUCUCAUAAUCUUAACCUAUAAAAGUGUAAUCAGUCAGUGUGACGAUACAUAAAUAUGGUAUCUAAUUCUUUAUAUUUUGCUGUAAAAGCUAAGCAAUUUCAACCUUUUAAAAAUGUGCCUGAUAUUUCAUUUCGACAGUUUACAUGUGAUACAACAAAAUACAAGAUAUUUCAAAAAUGGAGCAUAUCACCACAGCCGAUGGCCAAGUGGUAAUGCAAGCUGUGACUCCGCAACAAGUACAAGUGAUGCCUAUGAAUACAACAGGUCAAGUAAUACAAGGUGCAAAUGGACAACAAAUUAUGGUUCACACAGUGCCUCAAAAUGGCCAAAUUCAAGUAACACCAGGUGCACAAGGACUGCAACAGAUUCAAGUAGUGCCUGUGUCCAGUUUACAGGCUGGUACUGGACAAGAACCAAUUCUUCUUCAGCAACCACAACAAGCUCAAAUAGUGCAAACUGCAGAUGGUCAAACUUUUAUUUAUCAACCUGUUGCUAUUGAUAAUGCCACUAUUCAGUCACCACAACCAACAGUGCUUAACAUCAAUGGAAGUUUGGUUCAACUUGCCAGUAGUGCUCAGCCCUCAACAGCGGGGAAUUCACAAACAACAGCAGCUUCAGCAGUGGUACCUCAGACUAUUGCUGCAGCAGCUGCCCCUAAUCAGAUAGCUAUGUCUAAUGGAAACAUAGUUAUGGUAAAGAGCUGUCCUGAUAUGGUCCCUGGAGGAGGAGUAUCUCAAAUCCAAAGGGUCCCAAUAACAGGCACGGAAUUUUUGGAAGAGGAACCUCUGUAUGUUAAUGCUAAGCAGUACAGAAGAAUACUGAAACGAAGACAAGCAAGAGCCAAGCUUGAAGCAGAAGGGAAAAUACCAAAAGAAAGACCGAAAUACCUGCAUGAAUCAAGACAUCGACAUGCUAUGAAUCGUAUAAGAGGAGAAGGUGGAAGAUUUCAUUCAGGAUCAGUUAAAAAGAAAAAAAUGGAAGAGGAAGAGAGACAAAGACAAAAUCAGCAGCAACAUCAUCAACAAAGUUAUCAACAAAGAAGCAUUGGAAUGACAUUCAACAGUUCGUUGGACAGUUCUGUAAUUAUUGAGCCUAUAGCAGUGCCAGUGGAGAUAAAUGGCGACGCUCUCCCUAUAGGUGAUGGACAAUAGUGAUUUUAGGUUUUUAGAACUUUAAUGUACAUAAUUAAAAUUAGAUUAAUGUAAAUAAUUAUUCUCUUUUCUCUGUACUUCUUUCCUAUUUUUUUUUUAAUUUUCUAUGUAAAGAUUAUAGAGAAAUAAGAAUAGAGCGCGUGAGGUCUGUCAGUGUGAUGUCAUAAGGUACACACUGUACAGUACCCAUGCGCAGUAGAGAGCAUCUCGACAGCGAUUUCUCACUUAUUUUUAUUUCUGUAUGAUAGAAUAUAGAAUCUGUGUUAUUUAUUUGUUAUUUUUGGUGUUAAAAAUGCCUACUAUUCAGAAUGCUAGAUCUAUAGCAAGGACUCAGUAAAUAGAUAUAAUGACGAUGCGAUUGUGUAAAUAAACCGAUUUUGUUGUAUGUUUUUUUUUUAAUAAACAUUGUUAUAUUUUUAUAAGGUAAACUAGAAGUGAAUUUGGAUAAUUUAUAAAUAUGUAUCAAUUGUAGAAGGUAUUUGUAAUAAAAGCAGUAAAAAACA